AUGUCAGGCAGGAGCUAUCUCCGAUGGGAUGCACCAGGCGUAGAAGACCCUCCCCCAGGCGAACAGGCGGAUAUCGAAGCCGUUGCAGAGCAGAUCAACAAGCAACAGCGGCAGCAAUUUGAUCAUCACAGACAUGUGUAUACUGGGACCCAUUGUCGGACGCAUGGGAUCGUGAAGGGCACCUUCAUAGUACACGACGGACUGCCGCCCCAUCUUCGCCAAGGAGAGCUGUUCGCGCAGGCUGGCAGCUACCCGGCUGCGUGCCGAUACUCUACUGAGCCAGGUGAUCCGGGGUUCUCAGACACUAUUCCGGCUCCUCGAGGUUUCAGUAUCAAGCUGUUCAAUGUGCAAGGAGAUUUCUUCGCAACUGGAUCAGAUGUGCAGCAUCCUCAGACACAGGACAUCGAAUUCAACAGCACUCCAGCGAUCGAGCUCGCAGAUGCUAAGACGACGCGUGAGAUUUUCGACAUCAGGAUGGGACUCGGAACACUCCUGGAGACCAAAGAGAUGAUCCAGGAAUUGGAAAAGCGGAGCGACACAGAGUUACAGAAAGCGCGCUUCCAGGUUCCCAAUCCUCAUCUGGCUUCACUUCGUCAAUACUCGCAGACGGCAUAUCGCUUUGGUGACUAUGUCUUCAAGUAUUGCCUAGUACCCAACACGGAAACGCAGACAAAGCUCGCAGAUCAAAUGAUCAAGCCUGAAGCCCACGAAAGCGAUCAACACCACAGGUGGCUGCAGAACUUCCACGCAAAUUACGACGCGGAGUAUCUGUUCCAAGUCCAACUGCUUGAGAAUCUCGAAGAGCAGUCGGUGGAAUAUUCGGGGACCGAAUGGGACAGCGAGAAGUACCCUUGGCAGACGGUGGCUACAUUGAAGAUUCCCAAACAGGAAGCUUUCGAUUUGGAGAGAAAGGCUUUCUGGGAAGACCAUAUGCGAUUGGAUCCAUGGCAUGGACUGAGGAGCUACCAACCGCUUGGCAGCGCGAACCGGUUGCGACGAGUGGUGUAUCCUGCGAGCUCGGCUUUGAGAAGAAAAUUGAACGGCAGGAAGGAGAUUUGGGUCCGGAGCAUUGACGAGAUUCCGAAUUAA